AUGGCUGCCAGCAGCAGGAGUCUUCAUUACAGGGAGCCCAAAUCACCAUUCAGACGGAAAACAAUGCCUUUUAAACCAUACUGGACUUUCGCUUUUCUUAUUGUCACUGCGAGCCGGUGUUUCGCCGACGAUGACCACGAAAUGGAAGAGUUUUUGAAGCGGGAAUACUCCCUUUCCAAGCCUUACCAAGGUGUGGGAUCCCUGGGCUCCUCCCACUGGGAGCUGAUGGGGGAUGCCAUGGUAACCACCGAGCAGGUGCGCCUCACACCUGACAAGCAGAGCCGGCAGGGGGCAGUGUGGGGCCGCCUUCCUUGCCAUCUGACAGACUGGGAGAUGCAGGUGCACUUUAAGAUUCAUGGGAAAGGAAAGAAGAACCUGAAUGGUGACGGGCUGGCCAUUUGGUACACUAAAGAACGUGCACAGAAAGGUCCUGUAUUUGGAAAUAUGGACAACUUCACUGGUUUGGGUGUGUUUGUGGACACGUAUCCCAACGAGGAAAAACAGCUAGAGGCGCAGAAGAAAAGAUAUACUCCUCGCACACAGAGGAUCUUCCCUUUCGUUCUGGCCAUGGUCGGGAACGGCAGCAUCAGCUACGACCACGAGCGUGACGGUCGGCCCACAGAGCUGGGCGGCUGCAACGCCAUGGUGCGCAACCUCAAGCAUGACACCUUCCUCUUCAUCCGAUACGUCCGCCGCAGGCUCACGAUAAUGAUAGAUAUCGACGGGCAACAUGAGUGGAGGGACUGCCUGGACAUACCCGGGGUGCGGCUUCCCCUAGGCUAUUAUUUUGGAGCCACAUCCAUCACUGGAGACCUCUCAGAUAACCAUGAUAUCAUUUCCCUGAAACUCUACCAACUGACGGUGUUGCGGAGUCAAAGAGAAGAGGAAGAGGAGGACGACAAAGAGGAGAUAACCAUACCCAGCGUGGAUAACAUUGAGCUACUCAGAUCGGGUCAGAGCGACGAAGGGAUGAGCGGAAUAGCUAUUUUCUUCACCGUGCUCUUCUCCAUGCUGGGUUGCAUCUUCCUCAUCGUCAUCGGCCUGGUGGUCUACAGCCACUGGAACGAGAGCCGACGCAAGCGCUUCUACUGAGAGAAAGAACAAAGAUAAAGAUGGAGGUGGUGAUUGUGACGACUGCGGUCCGCGGACCCAACCGCACUGAGACGAGAGUGAGACACUGCUGUCGGCCAGUAGAGCGCAGUAGGCUGUUUUAUCCCGAGGACACUAUUUUGACAGGAGACGGAGUUGAUGUAUCACCUGCUGCAAAAAAGCCAUCGUCCAACUUUGCCAUUGGUCGUCAUGAAGCAGUAGGAGGAGUUUACAUUUGUCCUCUCAACCCCCUGCCAACCUGACACACAAUAUACCACCUCGGCCUUACCAUCUCCACCUCUGUACUUGUUACACAGCAGAUGUGCAGAAUGACAUCUUAUGAGCAGCUAUUUUUUAUUUUUUGUGUCACCGUUUGCUGCAUUUGAAAAACACUUUUUACUAAUUUUCAGUUCACAGGUCGGUGUUGGUUUUAUGGCUUUGAGAAAUAUAAAUAUAUAUAUAUGAAAGUA